AUGGGAUCAGUUGCUGGACUCGGUCGUGCUUACGAGAAAUUGAUGGAUCUGAUUAAGAGGAGCCGCUAUUCGACGGAGCAUGAUGAAACCAAGAACCUCAGCAAGGAGCUACCAGUCACCAACACAAACACAAGGAGGGAGGCUGUUCUUACGAGAUAUUCCAUAGUGAAAUUGCAUACAUGCAUAAUAUCUCUGAUCGGCGUCUUGGGAUUCUGCCUGCAACUCAAGUUUCCCAAUGUGUCUCCAUACACGACGGUCCACGGCUCUCAGCUGAUGAACGUAUUCAUCAUUGUGACAUGCAUUUACAUCCUCUCUUUGAUUGUGAUGGCAAUUCUGGCCGAUGGCAAUAACACAGAUUUGGAAGAUCUGAUGAUCCAAAUCACCCUCUUACUUGGAAGUCUAUCCCUGAUAUUAGAGCUGCUCGUCCUGAUUUCAACUUUCGGAAUGAUCUUACUCUUCUUCUGGUGCAUCUGCCUUGUAUGGUUCGUGAGCAAGUCUUACCGGUCUCUGAAACCACUCUUCCAAAAUGCAGUUGAGCAUCUCAAAGGAGACUUUGGAGAAUUGAAGCAGAAACUCGUUGAUUUGAAUCGCCGAUUAAUGGAAAGUAAUGUAAUCGCAGCAGUUGUUCAUGCCUCUCAGAAAUUGAAUGACCUGAUCCAGAACCACACCAAUGAGCUCAAGGGAAGAGAGCCGGAGUUCAUGGAGAGGAUGGAGGCGAGUUACUUUGAAAAUGCGGCGGAGAAGGGUAGUUUGGUCAUUUCGGCAUGCGGGUUUGACUCUGUUCCGGCGGAGCUUGGAGUGAUGUUUAACUCGAGGCAGUGGGAGGGGGCGGCGGUACCGAAUAGGGUGGAGGCUUAUUUGAGCUUGGAGAGUGAUAAGAGGAUUGCGGGGAACUUUGGGACGUUUGAGUCGGUGGUGUUGGGUGUGACCAAUGCGCUCCGGCGGUCCAGGCCAAAAAAACCGAGGCCGCAAAUUCCUGGUCCUUCUCCUUCUAAAGGACCAAUUAUUGAACACCAGAAAAAGAUUGGUCUUUGGGCUGUGAAGCUACCUUCAGCAGAUGCUAUUGUUGUACGAAGAACACUUGGUGCUUUGACUGAAAAUCCUGGUGGUCUUCCAGGGAGGAAUGAGACUGAUGAACAUAUUAAGAAAAGAGAAGCCUUCUGGUCAACAGUGAAGCCAGCUCAUUUUGGGGUGAAGAUAGGCACCAAGUCUCUGUUGGGCAUUAUUCGGAUCAUGAUUUUUGGACUCUUUCUUGGGCUCUUGGGUCUAUUUUCCUUUGGGAGGUGGCUGCUUUUAAAGUUUCCCUCAUUCUUCAGUGUUGGAUUGUUCAGAAAGGAGGGUCCAUCUGAUGAGGAGGUGAGAAGUGCUUCUUUUAAGAUGUGGUUUGUUGGACGUGGUUUCAGCGACAGGAGUCUUGUUUCUCAGGGAAACACAAAACCUGAUAUGGAAAUAGUAACAAGAGUUAUGGGACCUGAAAUUGGAUACCUAACGACCCCGAUAAUUCUACUUCAAUGUGCUCUUAUUGUUCUGAGCCAACGUGACGACCUUCCAAAGGGAGGAGUUCUCCCAGCUGGGAUUGUAUUUGGACCAACUGAUCUUCAAGAAAGGCUUCAAGAAAAUGGAGUUACUUUUGAUGUUAUAUCGAAGAAUGCUAUUUCUCAUUAACAGGUACAUACUUUCUGAAAAAAUAUAUCUGUAGUUGGAAGUACCCAUGAAACAGUAACUUAUAAUAAAAGAGUAUUUAUUUUGCUUGCU